UUUGUGUUCAACUAAACACUCAAUAAUGUUAUUCUUGUGUUUAAGUGUUUUGUUAGGCGUCCGGUGUUUAAGUAUCGGCGCCGAGACGGUGGACGUCAAGACAAGUUCCGGUACUGUUAGGGGACAGACUAUAACUGAGCUUGGUAAAGAACUUAAUCAAUUUUACGGCAUUCCGUUCGCUGAGCCACCGGUCGGUGCCCUGAGGUUUGCCAAACCAAAGCCUAUUACAAAGCCUUCGCCCGAUAUCAUCGAUGCGACAAAGAUGAAGACCACCUGUAUAUCCACGUGGAAGGGGCCCACCUCUGAGGACUGCCUAUUCGUAAACAUAUGGGCGCCCCAUAACACCACACAAUUAAAAGCAGUUAUGUUUUGGAUAUAUGGCGGGGGUUUCAGUUGGGGCUCUAUAUUCGAUGGGGGGUAUGACGGGAAGUGGAUUACUUCUAAUGAUGUCGUAUAUGUGGCCGUAGCGUAUAGGUUGGGCUCAUUGGGCUUCCUAUACGGUGGCGAUGAUGAGGAGACCCCCGGAAAUCUGGGACUUUUGGAUCAACUCGAAGGACUUAAAUGGGUGCGAGAAAACAUUCAUCUGUUUGGUGGAGAUAAGGAUAAGAUAACGAUAUUCGGUGAGAGCGCCGGUAGUAUAUCAGUAUCGGCUCUGGUAUUAUCUCCACUGGCGAAAGGGCUGUUCGCGAGGGCUAUACUA